AUGAGCGCGGAGACGUCCGCCUACCGCCUCAUCCCACCUCAAAUAUUCAUCAACUCAUUGGGUCAUUCGGCGAGCACUCCGGGGAUUCCUUCUGAGGUCAAUGUCCUUCAGGUACUAUCAUAUGAGUCAACCAUAUGCACUUCUGUGAUACAGGACCAGGCUCGCAGCACGUCUGCGAAUUGGGUCUCUGAAACUCUCUUCGUGGCGUCCGAAUUUCGCCCGACAGCACAUCCCCCACCUCGAAUAUUUCGGCUUCCCUCGGGCGCCGAUGAUGUCUCCCCUUCCCCGUCAUUGGACUGUGUCCAAAGAACCAGUUUAUGGACUGAAUCCAAAUGUCCCCCAAACACACUUCGAGCAUUGCUUGGAGGAGAAAGAAUUCAGGAGAUGCAAGAUGCUGGAGACCAUAUUGACAUGUCGUUGCAGUCGAAUGCCAUCGUGGAAGACGUGCCUCUUGGAAAGUCUGCUGUACCCAACAAGAAACACAAACGAUGGCGACAGAGACUGACGAGUUUCUUCCGCAGUCUCUGCUGUUGGCGAAGCACAUCCGCAGUCGACUGA